AUGUUUAAAAAGGUAUAUGUGAUUGAUUGCAAGGGUCAUUUGUUAGGGAGAUUAGCUUCUUUAAUAGCAAAAGAAUUAUUAAAAGGACAGAGAAUAGUAGCAGUCAGAUGUGAAGAAAUAAAUAUAUCAGGUAGUUUGUACAGAAAUAAACUGAAAUAUUCCAAAUUUUUGAGAUUAAGAACAAACACUAAUCCUAGAAAAGGACCAUUUCACUUGAGAGAGCCCUCAAAGAUCUUGUGGAGAUGUGUUAGGGGAAUGUUACCACAUAAAACUUAUAAAGGAAAAAUUGCAUUAAAAAAGUUAAAAGUCUUUGUUGGUGUACCUUACCCUUAUGAUAAAAUGAAAAAGUAUGUUUUGCCUAGUGCAUUAAGAGCUUUCAGAUUAAAAAAAAAUAGAAGAUUUUGUAGAUUGGGAACAUUAAGUUCUAGAGUAGGUUGGAAUUAUGAUGAAUUAGUUAAAAAAAAUGAAGUUUUAAGAAAAAAAGUUUCAAAAUUAUAUUAUAAAAAGAAAGUUAAUAGUUUAAACGAAAAAAAAGAAUUAAAAACAAAAGCAUUAGAAUUGAUCAAACCAGAGCAACGUCAGGUUCUAGAAAAUUUUGGUUAUGCAUAA